CGCCACUCAUGACAAACGUCUCUCUCACUCACACAGAAACAAGAAGGUCGCAGCUGCGUAUCACCGAAAACAACGGCUCACCAUGUUGGGACAAGCUGUAAGGCGCUUCACGACGUCCGCUGUUCGUUCUUCACAUUAUGCUGAAGGACCAGGAAAGAACCUUCCGUUUUCCGUGGACAACAAGUGGCGUCUGCUGGGCAUGAUGGUGGUGUUCUUCGGCAGCGGCUUUGCAGUCCCCUUUAUUAUGGUCAGACAUCAGCUCCUGAAGAAGUAAAGUGUAUUUUGUGGCCAGCAUCAGGAACAUAUUCCCUCAUCAGACUUCUACACAUGCUGAACUGAGGGACUCUCUUUAAGUCUUUGUAAAUAAAAGUAAUUGAAAUGUG